AUGGCGUCGACGUCAAGACGAGCGCGAAAAAGUAGCCUCGGUUUGAUUUCUUGUCCCCAGCCGGUCUCACACAGAAGACAACAGAAAAUGGAGGUAACAAACGAAAACAGUGCAAUGCUCAGCAAUUACGAAGUGCUUGCGUUGCUGCAAGAAGGAAAAAAAGGAAAGCAUAUACCCACCAAUGUAGCGACAAUAUCAUACGAGACAACUAGGUACUUAGAAAGCACACCCUGCAAACAGCAAAAGCCAGAAACAAUUAAGAAUCUCAUGGAAGCCCUUGCACCAUUCAAUCUGACAAAAGCGGAGAAACUUCAAUUGUUGAAUCUUAGGCCUACAUCUGUAGUUGAACUGCAGCUUAUUGUUGAAGAAUUAGACGAAAGACUAAAAUCUGAGGAAGAAAUUGAAACUAUUCUCAAGAUAAUUAAAGAUACUUUAAGUCUUGAGGACACCGGAGCUGUAAAAAGUACAGAAGGGUGA